AGGCAACUUUGGCUCUUUGAUGACUUGUGGACUUCAACUCCCAGAAUUCCUGAAUCAGCAUAGCUGGUUCUGGAAUUCUGGCUGUUGAAGUCCACAAGUCAUCAAAGAACCAAGGUUACCUACCCAUGAAUUAGGGAAUGGUUUUUGCCCUGCAGUUGCGGAUAUGGAAAGGCAGCCCCCGUUACAAACGUCUGGUAUUUUGUCUCCUUAAUUCCCAGUAGGCUGUGAAGUGCUGCCUCUUCCUCAAGGCAAUGGCCUACGAUGAGAUUGGAGCACAACAAAUGUAUGAGAGUGUUGCAUUUGGGAUGCCAUGAGACCAAAAGACAAUCCCUGAAAAUAUGAACUUGGCAAUGUUCACCAAAUCCUGGAUACUGUGGGGUUGUGCUGCCAUUAGAAAAACUGGCUUCACUCUGAGGGGAAAUGCUUCGUCCACAACAAAGAGCAUGCCAAGGACUGAAAUGAGAUUGCCUUCUGGAGGAUCCCUAUCAUGAAUCGAUACACAACUAUCAAACAGCUGGGAGAUGGAACAUACGGCUCUGUCCUCUUAGGAAGAAGUAUUGAAUCAGGAGAGCUGAUUGCCAUUAAGAGGAUGAAGAGGAAAUUUUAUUCCUGGGAGGAAUGCAUGAAUCUUCGUGAAGUCAAGUCCUUGAAAAAACUCAACCAUGCCAACGUAGUGAAACUAAAAGAAGUUAUCAGAGAAAAUGAUAAUCUGUAUUUUGUAUUUGAGUAUAUGAAAGAAAACCUUUAUCAAUUAAUGAAAGAAAGGAACAAACUGUUUCCAGAAUCCACUGUCAGGAAUAUUAUGUAUCAGAUUCUUCAAGGCCUUGCAUUCAUACAUAAACACGGUUUUUUUCAUAGGGACUUAAAACCAGAGAAUCUCCUUUGCAUGGGACCAGAACUUGUGAAAAUAGCUGAUUUUGGGCUUGCGCGUGAAAUUAGAUCCAGACCUCCGUACACAGAUUACGUUUCGACACGGUGGUACAGAGCUCCCGAAGUGCUCUUGAGGUCCACUAACUACAGUUCUCCCAUUGAUAUCUGGGCUGUUGGUUGCAUCAUGGCAGAAGUUUAUACACUCAGGCCACUGUUUCCCGGGACCAGUGAAAUAGAUACUAUUUUCAAAAUUUGCCAAGUGUUGGGAACACCGAAAAAGAACGACUGGCCUGAAGGCUACCAGCUCGCUGGCACCAUGCAUUUCCGGUGGCCCCAGUGUGUACCAAAUAACCUAAAGACCCUCAUCCCUAAUGCCAGCAGUGAGGCCAUACAGCUCAUGAGAGACAUGCUGCAAUGGGACCCCAAAAAGCGGCCAACUGCCAGUCAGGCACUUCGAUAUCCUUAUUUCCAGGUUGGCCAAGCUCUGGGCCUUUCUCAGUGUAUUGGGGAGCUGGGAAAGCAACAGCGAGACCUUCCCGACAAAGGCCAAAGCCACUUUAAGCCCGUUCCACCAGCAGCACCCCCACCUAAAGCCCAGAGUGGCCUCUCAUUGAGACCAUGUCUGCAAAGCCAUUCCUCCCAGUCCCUGACCUACCCACACAAAGCAGACUCCUCAGCCAGGGCCCACCUAAAGGAAAUCAAGCCAAGCCAGGUGGUCUUGCCAGAAAUACACACCAAACUUUCUCUACAGAGAACUUCCAUUGCAACAGAAGACGCCAACGGAGAUCUCAAACCAAAGAACCAACAUAAAUGGGGCCACAUUAUUGGAACAAUAAAAAGUUCCGAGGAGUUGGAUACUUUGGAAGAGAGUGAUAGGAAGUCUUCCCUCAGCAGAACUGAUUUUAAAAACAAAGGGCAGAGUGAUGAUGUUCUUUGUAGAUUUGAAAGUAUUUUGGAUCUGAAACCUGCAGCCUGCAUAGGGACGGGAAACAGCGCACCUUCCUAUCUUCAACAGGACAUGCCAACGUGCCAAGUUUCUGCAGCCAAACAACAUUAUUUGAAACAUUCUAGGUAUUUACCUGGAAUAAGCCCAAGAAAUAAUUUGGUCUCUAGUUCAAGGAAAGAUUCUGUCCUACCAAAUCCAUGGCCAAGCUCUAGUUUGCCUAGAAAGACGUCGGCAACAGCAGGUGGGAUCACCAGGCUGAACACCAAUUGCACAGGGUCAAGUGGCCUACUGGGUGCUUAUGUCCCUUCCUUUCUGAAAAAAGAAGUUGGCUCAGCUGGUCAGAGAGUGCAGUUGGCACCAAUUCUUGAUCCGUCUCCUGCAGACUCCUCUUCUCAAUACAAUUCCCUGAAGACCAUCAGACCUCAUAUUGGGAGGCCAUCAUUUAACAUGUCUAUGAAAAGCACACCAGGGUUGCUGCCAGCCCCACCUCCUGUUCAACCAGUGCAUGGAAGGAUUGACUGGUCUUCAAAAUAUGUUGCUCACCGCUGAAUUAUGGGAUUGGAGCAUGCCUUCCGUGACACUGUCUCCUGUGACGUUCCUCCUGUCUGUAUUUUCUACGACCGAGACAUUUCAGGACCUUUUAAGAGAGUUUACUUUUUAGUUGUAUGUAUUUGAAUGCAAACUUGUGUAACUUUUGUAUUGUUCUUAUUUUAUGAUUGAGGCAUUUAUUUUCAUAGGACCAAUGCACAUUUGUAUAUCAGCCUAGAAUUGUGGAAUUGUUGUUGUUGUUGUUGUUCUGGGGGGCUUUUUUAAAUGAUAACUUUUGAAAUUCAAUUUUUCAGAAAGGAAAGGGUUUUUUCUUUCCUUUUUUUUGACCACAUUUUAUAUAAAUGAAUUAAUGUAGCAAUAAGGCAGUAUUUAAUACAAUUGAGAUACAGUUUAUACUGUAAUGACAUUUACUAAAUAUUCUAUAAGUUAAGUUUCUGAAUAUGCUAUGCUGGGCAAAUAAUCCACGGAGUAUCUACAUUCUUCUAUAACUCCAUAACUGAAUAGCCACAACGAUGGUACUAAGCUUCACUGUUCUGUAGUAAAAUAUGAGUUGGGCAUUUUGUUUUAACAUGACUGGGAAUUCUUAGAGCCUGUGUAUAAAAUCAGCAGAGCAGAAUCUUGACAACCAUUGUAUAAUGUUAGAAUAUAGGUGGUAAAAUUUGGCAGGGAAAGAGGCAUUUUCUUUCAUUACAUUUUGAACAGUAUUUGAUCAGAGUAUCAUAUCCCUAUGGAAUUCUAAAGUUACUGGCUGGCAUAAUUCACGAUAAGUAUUACAACAUGGUUCUGCUCAUUGAUAAUGGCAGUGAAAUAUUAGCGUAAUCGUGUACUAGGAUGGCCACAUUCUGACCCCAUGCCAUUUCAUAUUUAACAUUAGCCUCGUUUCACAGUGAAAACUAAAUUUAUUAUAGGGGAUCCUGCUUCAGUUGUAAACAAUACGUUUUGUAGGGGAGUAAGUCUUGGAAACUAUUUAAAGCAAUAUUAAAUAUGACAAAGCUGGGUUUAUAGAGUAAUAUAAUGAAGUGUAAAGUAUUAAAAUAAGCACCAGCAGCAGCAUCAGAGUUGAAGAUUUUUAUAUAUUCAUAGCCUGCAUUUUAUUUUUUAAUUCCUUAGCUUUUCUUUGCCCAAAUACAAUUUUGUUGCUUCAGUAUAAAGUUGUUAGAAAAAUUCCCUGUCAUGUAAUUAAAGGGUUGCUUUCGGGAGUAGGUUAACCUUGCUUAUUUUUAGAGUAUUUAGAAGUAAAUUUCAUCCCUUCUAAAAAUCAACGUAAUUUUUUUUUUUUUUUUGGUAGACCAGAAAUGGAAAUCUUGGAGCUUUAGGAUAGAAAACACUAAUAGAAGUUAUAGUGCAUUAUUUUAAAGAAAAAAAAGUCCAGGUGUUGAGGUUCAGUGGCUUGUCUCUUCUUAUGCUGCAAAAAAACCAGAAGAAUUAAAUUCUAUGCAUGUCAAUUCACAGAGAAGGCUGGAGGCUGCAUUUUCUCAGGGAGAAAUAAUAACCCCAGGUAAGCAUUCCAGUUAAUUUUGGAAGUAGCGUCCAUAUCUCUUCCGUAGUUCUGUUUUCUAGACCCCUCAGUCUGUUGCAUAUUAUUUGCUUCUCUUUUUCAUAAAACAAACUCUGUGGAUAGAAAACCUACAAUUUGUAUAUGUUAAGCUCUCCCUAUUAGGAUGAUAAGUUCAAUAGCUGUUCAGAUAUCCAUCUUUUGUGCUGGAUCGGAAAUCUCCGGAUUAAAUUUGGAAAAAGCACUCCUUUCUUCUGACACCCUGUUGCAAGCCUUCUCCCUCAUUGGUUGCAGCAAAGUUUUCCUACCUGGCACUGCUCAGCUUAUGAGAAGUGACAAUUUAGCAGAAUUAUCAGGGUAAAUAUUAAUUGUUCAACUGCAGUUCAUUAUUGAAGACAACAGUCAAUGUCAAAGACAGCAGAAGUGCCUUGGGAAAUAACUUUGUCAACAAGGCUGGUCCAAUAUUAUCCUGUGAACCAAAGGUUUUUUUUUUCCAGAAACGGAUAUGCUGUAAAUUGAUCAGCAUUUAUGCUGAAGACAAAAAUAUGCAAACUCCUUUAGCCAUCUUCACUGGUAUUGGACUUUAUGCAUGUUCUUGGCUGUAAAAAAUCUGCAGUGUCUAAAAAUAUCUUAUUCUCUAAAAUGAAAUUAUAUACCAGUUACAUUUGGCCAUUAGUUCUUCUUUUGAGAAACAAUGAAUUGUACAAUGGAAUAAGCACAAAAGCAAUCUGUUUCACUAUACAGUAAUCCUCAAUAGUUCUUUCUAUUUGGAAAAAAGUAACCUGGAAAGAAAAAAUCUGAGCCAUUUUGAAAAAUUCUAUCCAACGUGAGAUGAUUUAAGAAGUCUGUAUGCCUAAUUAGUGAUAAAAUUAAAUAUUUAACAGAUAAAAACUGCAAACUCAUUCAUAUACUCAUGCAGCAGAUCAGACCGUGAAAGAUAAAUACUCCCUCUAUCCUAUUUUAAAGUAACACAAAUCUAUUUUUCAUUUAUUUAAACCAUCCUUAAUAUAGUUACUCAUUGCAAUACAUUCCUGGGAAGUUACAUAUGAGUAAACAAAGUUUCUGUCAUCCUAUUGAGCAAUUCAUAGCAUUUGUUAUGAAUAAUUCUGUUAUUACUUCUGCCAAUACAAAUUUAUCAGUGUUGAAUAAGGUUAUAUACUGUCACCACACCACAAAUCUACGAUGGUUUGCAGAUCAUUGCUGCCAUAGAAAGCUUUAGGUUUUUUAAAAAUAAAAGUAUUGUGUCCUGUGGUUGAGAACAGUAGGUAUAGAAAAUAUUAAAAAAAAAAUUGAGUAAGCAGAUAUAUCUGAGAAAUGAACAUUCUCCAUUUUUCCCCCUCUUUUGCGUGGUUGUGCUUGUUUCCUUUUCUAGCUCAGAAAAUCCUUCCCAAAAUAAAAUUAUUUAAACAUUG